AUGGCUGCGGCGGGUGGCGGGGUGCGAGCGCGGGACCGGAGCGGGAGCGGCAGAGGACGGCCCGACUCGGGGCGCGGCUUUUAUCGGCGCGGUGGGACGGGGCCCCCUCCUCUUGGCAGCCGCGGCGCGGAGCGCCAGCCAAUGGGGCCUUCCGAGGGAGGGGAGGGGGCGCCCGCGGGGUCCCCCCUCCCGUGCGUCCGGCCCGGCAGUCCCGUUACUUUUGGGGCGGGGCAGGCACUCUCGGGGCUUCCUGGGGCUGGCUCUGCUCAGCCUGGAGGCUGGCAAAGGCGGGGCGUUGGGCGGGGGGACCCUCCCAGAGUAGGGAGAGGGGCCCAGCGCCGCGCGCAGAGUCGGGGGAGGGGGCGCGUUGGGUUGGGAGGCCCUCCUGGGGCUAGAGGAAAGGGCUCCGGGGCGCCGCGCCCGGGGACGGGGAGGGCGCGGGGGCUGAGGGGGCGGUCCUCGCCGGGAGCUGGAGGAGAGGGGCCCUGCGCGGGGUCCAGGAGGGUGGGAGGGGCGCGGAGGAAGGGCCAUCGGGACUGGAGGAGAGGGGUUGGGGGUGCAGCGCCCAGCGAAGGGGAGGGAGGCGCGUACUGGGGGGGGGGGAGGGACCAUCCCGUGGCUGGAGGAGGGGCUCGGCGUCGCGCCCAGGGUCAGAGGGCUGAGGGGUCGCGGGGUGGGGACCCUCCGGGGCUGGAGGAGAGGGAUUCGGGGUGCUACGCCCAGGCACGGGAGAGGGCGCAGGGGGUCCUUCCCGUGGCUGGAGGAGGGGCUCGGCGCCUCACCCAUGGUCAGGGAGUUGGGGGUCGCGGGGCGGGGACCCGCCGGGAGCUGGAGAAAAAGGAGGAGGCGCGGGGGGGCGCUCGGUGCCCGGGUGGGGCCGGGAGACCCGGGGACAGGGAGGGGCGUGAGGGCCCGCCUGUCGGAAGGCGCGAGGGAGACACAAAGAAGGCAGAGAUUGGAGCGCGGGGUGGGGCGCGCCGCGGGGUCCCCGGCCUCGGUCCCCCGUCCCCCGCGCCCAGCCUUCUCCGCGGGGACCGCUCGGGCUCCGGCCGCUUUCGUCCUGCCUCGGGGCUCCCAUCCGGGGACCUGAGGCUGGGUCGGCGGCUCCCGGCCGGAGCGGGGGUCGGCGGCCGACGAACGCUGGGGACGGGGCGCGGCGGCUGA